AUGUUAGCUGAGAAAGUAGACAAAGACAAACUUGACGAAGUCAAAAUAACUGAAAUAAAUAAUUUAUUCUUACUCAGAUUCAAUUCACUUUAUAUUGAAGGAGGAAGUCGUGGCUUUCUUCAUGAUUUCCUUGUAAGAAGACUUUUACAAUUUUUAAAUUUUGAAUUUAGGAAAAAAUUGGAAGAUAGCUGUUGACUCAUGAAUAAAUUUAUUGAAUUGAGCUAA